AUGAGUGGCCCAGACUACAGCUCGCUGUUUUCAUAUGGGCAAUGCUCUCUGACGUCUCCUCAGGACACACAGAAGAUAGAGCAAAAAGGCAAAUCGGGAGACUUGCUACACAAAUCUAAUGCGUUCUUUCUAGGCCUUCCGCGGUACAAAAAUCCACCCCCCAAGGCCGAAGGUGAGGACGACGAGAAUGACGGCCUGAUCGAUCUCGACGAAGCGACUAGAACUCCUUUGGGAAAUCGAAAUUCAUCAUCUGCAAAGACGCACAAAGACGAAAGUGACGACUUGAUCUUCCUCCCCCAACGAGAUACAAAAUCGCAAGAACACCAGAACCGAUCGUUUGCUAGCAUAGAAACAGCCCCUGAUAGUGCUGUGAGCCAUAUCGGUCGCCCACAGAUACCUGUUGAACUGGACAGCUGGGAUGCGUGGAAUUCCCUCGCCAUUCGAAAGCCACGGUGUGAUAGAUCUUCAUCGUCACCAGAUUCAACAACAAUCAAGCGCUUCUUUGGUACCAAACCUCAUUCCAACUUGAUAUCAACUAUUGUGCUUGCGGGAGAGGCUGGUGAAGCACAAUUUCUUCUACUACGGUUGGGCAACUUGAUCGUUCCUGCCGCAACAUCUCGAUCCAGCCACGUCGCUGAUUUUCUUGCAGAAGCUGGGAGAGCCCAGUCGCUCGACAACGGCCAAUUUGAUGAGCGAGCCUUCUACAAACUUCUGUCUCAUCUACAAAUUAUACCUGCGCUAGAAGAUAUGGAUCCCGCCGCUCAUGGUCUUUUGACAUCAUUUCCUCUCACCCAUCCCCGGGAAAACUUAAAGAACCCGUCGGGACAACGAGCUACGGACAGUGUGUCGUGGAAUGAGGGCUUCAACACUCGGGUUUUCAGUAUCUCAGCACGCCACUCUCAGCUCCCACUGAGAAACUCUCGACUCAGCAGCGCAGUAUUAUGUCCUUACAAACUUCGAGGUACCUGGGCCGACCACGAAAGCUACACCACUACUAUGAGUUCAUGGAACCGGCGUCGAAUUGCAUUUGAUCAAAUUAAUAAUGCAUUGCAUCCCGUCAAUUAUCAAGCGCCUCAAGCUCCCGAAUUCAGCAAAUUAGCCAGAGCUUUCUUUGGCGGUCUGCCUGUCCCAGAAGACAUCAAUGAAGACACGCGAGAACAAAACCCAACCCCAACUACCAGGGAGCUCGAAGAUGGUAUUGUGAACAAUUGCGGGGAUAGCGUCCAUGAGGAGUCCGCUACCAAUUCGCAGAAACCAGAAAACGUGCCCCAUGUUACCAUUCGAUUCUCCACUGGGGCGUUCUCUGAGGUUCUAAGAGAAAGGCCAAUUGAGGACAAAAGUCUAAUAUGCUUCUUGCAAGACUGCGCCAUAGCGAACGUACUUGAAGAGGCAUGUGUGGCUAGAAAGCCGUUGCCUUCUGGUGUCAAGGUCUACCGAACAGAUCAGUUUUCUUGGGUGAGAGACUCGCCCUUUAGGAAUAUCGUUUCAUUCCGCAGCGAGAAGCAAUACAAUGAGGUGUCAGCAAAUACCACCUCUGAUUCCCGCGUUCCAACCAUACGAUUAUCAACGUCAGAGUUUGUUGACUUUGAUGCUGUGCUUAAAAAGCAUAGCCCCACCGACGCCCUGGAAUCGAACACGAAAGCAAAGACUUGCAAGAAUCAUCAAAAAUCGAAGGAUGCGAAGAAAAAGAAACCCCGCGCCAGAGUAACUUCCAAACAGGAGAACAAUACUGUGGACGAUGAAAAUGGAGGUGGUACCGACACAGAUCAUUCAACAAUAAUUACUGACCGCAAAACGUUACUGACGAAAGCUGAGCAGCCUAUGGGAAGUGACAAUAGCCUCUCAAACUUCGGUCCCCCAGCGCCUUCUUUGAAUAUCAAAGACGUCUCUGGUGACAGCUUAUCUGAACCGAAGUGGGAGAUUGUAAAGCCCAAAUCCCAGAGAAAACCCUCAGGCCAAGGAGAUGCCAUCAACCGUAGUACUCACAAUGGUCAACGCUCGCAGCCGGUUCAGAGUAGCACGCAUAAGAUUUCAAUAAAAACCAAAGCACCCGUAACACCUCUCGUCAUUAAAAAGAAUUCUCAAAGCGCCAGUGGAAACUUCAAAGUGCAACCACCCAUGGGACCAAGGGCUGUUCAGAAUCAGGCGUCAGCUAGUCAUAGUCAAACUUCUCAGUCGCCGAAGAAUAACCACCAAAAGCUACAAACAAAAGACAUCACCACCAAAGUUGUAUCACCCGAAGACUUUCCUGCACUUGGCCCCAGUCCAAGUACAACAAUAAAACGGCCUGCAGAAACUUGUCACAGUAAGACACUCAAGCCUCCCAGGAACAACCAUCCUCAAACAUGUCAAAACAUACCUAAGAGUGAUUCUAAAGGUCAUCUCUCUGGCAAAGAUGAGAUAGCUCUCAAGACAUCUGGAAAGGCAUCUUCGGUAGUGUCGAGUACAGCAGAUGAUGUGGUUUCGGUUCCUUGCCGUAUAGAGCAUCAAAUGUUGGUCAUUAGCAAGGAAAGCGAGCAAAAGAAAGCGACAUCGCAUAAAAGUGCAAUAUUCAACGAUGACACUGUUAGCCCUGUCUCUUGUGAAAGCCCCAACACAUCAGCUGACAUUAUCACGGAUGACAGGCCGUUAGAGGCUUCUGCGCCUAUUUCGCAUGUAACUGUCCGACACUCAGAGAAAACAAAUGAACAGCCGUUCCGUACAGGACUUGUCAAGGCUGAGGAGAAGAUUGAUGACCUUAAUACAUCUCCAUCAACGUCCAAGCAUCCGGUCUCGGUCGAGGAAGUUGUAGCUCCUCAUGGCUGCAAAUCGCCAGAAACAGCCCGCAACUAUUCAGUAUCCCCCACUCGAAACCAUAUGGAUAUCGCUUCUACCAACACAAUAUCGAAUAACAUUCGCCCGUGUCACGACGUCCAGAAUACGAAGGAGUAUCCGCUUCCCCCAGGCCCUAACUGCGAAAAUCAGUGCACGUCCGAAAAUGACAUUGAUAACGGCUCUAAUCUGGCUUCUUUGGGGCAGCUGUGUACGUCGAUCCCGGUCUCCCCGAGUUCUGGUCGCGAACAGGUUGAUAAACCAGAUCAUCACUCCACCGCCAUAAGCGAAGACUCAAAAGUUGGGCCGGCAUCUGGAGAGGAUGAAAACUCUUUGACAGGUUCACAUUGUCCAUCCGAUGGCUGGAACCAAGAGGCUAUAUAUCCUAGCAACAUAGAAAAUGGCACGCUCCCUCCCUCCGCCCAGAAAGUUAUUAAUGGAGAUGUGAGCGACUUGCAGCCUACAACUAAUAAUCAUAAUACGAUGGCGAUACGUGACAGAGUCGAACCGAGACCCCUAUCAGGCUUUCGAAAGCGGCCUCGGACAGCUCAUACAGCAUUUAGAUGCUCUCUCUGUCUCGAGUCAGGGUUUGCCACAUUAUCUGCUCCUCUAGUGUUGUGCCCAGGCUGUGGACCUCUUUGCAACAUCAGAUACUGCUCCGUUGCUUGUCUUCUUGCUAAUGCGUAUGACCAUGCGCAUCAAUGUAUGAACUUCCCGGCGUCGCAGCGACUGGCUUACCACAAUCUGCCACUUCAGUAUGUAUAUGAGAAGGAUCCCAUAAUGCCAAUAAACCCAUGGACAGUCGUUUCCGCAGAGCAAUUUCGCCAAAAGGCAUUCUCGAUGUAUGGGAGUUUGAGCCUGUUCCAGCCAGAUCUAAAUCCGGAUACACGACGCCCACUGCCCAAGCACCGCGUAACAGGUCUCAGCGUGUUUAGCAACAAGCAGAUCCUCGGCGAAUACCACGUCUUCAGAUCUGCGACCACAACUGCUGGAUACCUUCUUCAGCCCAAAGCAGAAGUAAUAUUCACUGUAUGUGCUCAUAAUGAAGGUCAUUAUAGAGGAAUUCUCCGAAGAGCUUUGAAUGCAUCCUACCUUCUUCCUCAGAUCGAGGUACUCGAAUUCAUCUUUCGACUGAUCCGAUCCUAUAUCUUUGACGAUGAGUUCUUCAACAACUGCACCCAUUCUGCAUCGGAUGAUGUAGUGUUUGAAGAAUUCAGGCAUCAGUUCUCGAAGGAAUUUGAUUUGAGUCCCGAAAACUACGAACAUGAGCCUCCGCAAUUUGAUGUAGAGAAUGCAUUAGAAACUAUCAUUCCUUGUCUCGACAGCAUAGAAAUGCGGUAUCCAAUUCUCCAAUAUUGGAGGCGAUAA